AUGUUAGAAGAUCACUCAAAAGCUAAAUUAGUAGACUUUUUAUUAGAAAAGAAACAUGGAAUUAAAAAGCAUGAAUUUAACAUUUUAUCACAGAAUAUCGAAGAAAUGAAUGCACCCAAAUUUCUUUUAGAUUUAAAUGCAGAAAAGAAUGUUACACAACAAAGUGAAAUUUUUGAUAAGAUAGAAAAGUUUAUUAAAGAAGGUGUUGGAAAUGAAAAGUUAGAAGACUUAUUGUUUGGUAUUUUGUAUUCAACAACUUUUCCUAAAGAUUCAAAGAAUAAAGAUUGUGUUUAUCAAUCAACUAUAGAAUUUUAUAAAAAGAAGUUGAUAGACAAUAAAAAGAUUAUGAGUGAAUUUCAUAGACUUUCAAGCGGUAAAUUUAAUUUUAAAUUACCAGAAAAGAUUGUUACUAGAUUUCCACCUGAGGCUAAUGGAUUUCUUCAUAUUGGUCACGUAAAAGCAGCAGUUUUAAAUAGUCAUUUGGCUAAAGAAGGGUCUAUGUUGUUAAGAUUUGAUGACACCAAUCCAAUACAAGAAGAUGUUAAAUUUGAGAAAGGAAUACUCGAAGAUCUAAAAUUAUUAGACAUAAAAUAUUCUAAAUUAGUUAGAACAUCAGAUCAUUUUAAGAAAAUAGAAGAAUAUGCUAAAAAGUUGAUAAAAACAGGUAAAGCAUAUGUUGAAGACACUGAUUUAGAAACAAUGAGGGAACAGAGAAUGAAUAAAAUAGCAUCUAAGAAUAGAAAUACGGAUGUUGAAGAAAAUUUGACCAAAUUUAAUGAAAUGCUUAAAGGAAAAUUAAACAGUUGUCUUAGAGCAAAAGUGUCAUAUGAUAGUCUCAAUACAGCAAUGAGAGAUCCAGUCAUUUAUAGAAAGAUCGAUUGUGAUUCAGAAAAUUUUAUAUUUCCAACUUAUGAUUUUGCAUGUCCAAUAGUUGAUUCACUUGAUGGAGUGACAUUAGCAUUAAGAAGUAAUGAAUAUAAAGAUAGAAAUGAGUUAUAUAACUGGGUUUUAAAUACACUUGAAUUGGAAAAUAAACCAAAGAUUCAAGAUUUUUCAAGACUUAAUUUUGAAAAUACAGUGCUAUCAAAGAGGAAAAUUAAAUUCUACGUUGAGAAUAAAUAUGUAGAUGGGUGGGAUGAUCCAAGAUUGUCUACUCUUAGAGGUAUAAAAAGAAGAGGAAUGUCUAUGAAAGUAUUAAAAGAUUACAUAAUUAGUCAAGGAGCAUCUCAAAAGACAUCGGUUAUUUCAUGGGAUAAAUUAUGGUCUCAAAAUAAAAAGUAUAUUGAUUCAAUCAGUCCAAGAGUAGCUGGAGUACCACUCGAAGGUAUGGUAAGAUGUGUUUAUGAUAAAAAAUUAGAAAAAUCUUCAAUAAAAAUACCUAAAAUUGAUGGUAAAGGAUUCCGAGUAAUUGAUGAUUGUUCUGAGAUAUUUAUUUCACAAGAAGAUGCUUUGAUACUUGAAAAAGAUGAAGAAUUUACUUGA